GCUCUUGAAUCGCCUGUUCCCCAAAUUUUUGGCCCAUCUGUGCAAUUGCACGUCCUUCUCUCUUUAGACCUACUGCUUCUUACGUUUGCGCUCUUUGAGGGGGGACAGAAAAAAAGAAAAGGGAGAGAGGGAAAGAGAGAGAUAAACAUAGAGAGAUACCGUUUAUUGUCGAGCGAGAUCAUAUCAAUACACCUACGAUAUCCUGCACCGCGUUCGCUGUCCAUGUUGGGUCAGCAGACAUUUGUCGAUUCUGUCCCGCGGCGACUAUUGCCCCAGCAAGCACUAAGCAUGCAACAAAGCAUCAAUCUCUCGCCCACCGAUUUGGGCGGGACAAGGGAGAAUCACCGGAGUAAGUUGCCUCCUCAUCUUGUUCUAGCAAUCUAUAUUGACUCCGCCCGUGAACCCAUAUAGAUUAUGUAUUUGUCGAUGAACAUAACCGUCACAAAAGGCUCAAGGGUCAGUGCGCAAGUUUUUUCUUCACCUGUGGAUUAGUUGUGCAUUUCUUAAGCUAAACGGCAUCUAGUUAUGCGAGCGUGCGAGGGAUGCCGACGCCGCAAGAUUAAAUGCGAUGCCGCAACAACCAAUACCUGGCCAUGUUCGGCCUGCGUCCGUCUCAAGCUUCAAUGCGUGCCCCCUAUGGUACAGUAUGAUCGUGACUUUGCGCCAAGCCAAGCCCCCGAACAGGAUGGAAACGGGGAGUUUGACAACUCGAGCGGGAGUGGUGAAGAGGAGAUGGUGGGACAUCUUGCACCCAGGAAACAGGGCAGGGAUGCGUUGAACUAUCACCCCAGAGAUAGCCAUGGUGCUUAUGGAAACAUUUCGCCCCCCGAGCAACAUCAGGACGCCUCUCACGGCGCUCCCCCUGCUCUUGCUUUCUCGGGUAUCCACUCCGGGGAAGGCAUAGAGCCACCACUUUCAGGAAUGCAUUUUCCCGCCCCGGUCUACCAAACACAAGCGGUGAUGCGAUCUCAGGAGCAAUGGCCAGGAGAUACUGAAUAUGUAUCCGCCUCGCACGUGAGUGGGGUCCUAGGACAGCUCAAAAUAGACGAUAGUGGUGUCGGUACGUUAGGCUCGAUGCAAUACCUAACUUUGGAAUCGUUUUGCUAAGUUGGGGCAACAGCAAACUACAUUUCUGCUCAGGGUCGAAGGCUAGCCGAAACCCCCGCGUACGAGCCAUGGACAGAGGAGAUAGAGCCUAACCCAUCAUUCCUACCUGUACAACAUGAUUUCGCGGUCAGAAUUCACCAGGAGGAUAUGCCAACAGAAGAUGAAGCACAGGAAAUGUUUGGCAUUUUUUUCAAUCACAUACACCCUUACAUACCUAUUGUGAAUAAGGCGGCCUUCUACCGACAAUGGAAUACAUCCCGCGACUCGAUAUCGCCGCUAUUAUUAGAAACGAUUUUUGCCUGUGCUGGGCGACUGACAACGGAUCCUUCUAAAGGGCUCAAGUGGAUGGGCAUGGCAACGAGUGAGGAGUUUUCAUCGAUCCACUAGGAGCUUAGAUAUCUAACCUUGGACUAGGACAUGUCGAUUGCUUUCUCGAUGUGCCACGCCUGAGUACGGUGCAAGCAUUGUUGCUGCUGUUAAAGGCAAGAGAGUCCGCGCCACAAAGGGGUUACUUCUUCCGUUCAUGGAUGAGCGUCGUUAGCAUUAUUGCGAUGGCUCGCGACCUUGGUUUAGAUAAACACCACGCCUUGCACAAACAAGGUGUUGGAUGCGGCGAGGGCCCUUUAGAUUGCAUGACACGAACCAGGGUUUGGCAAGCGUGCUUUGUAUACGAGCUCAUGAUUUGUGCUCCGCAAGGUGCUUUUCCUCAGGCCUUAGGCUCUAAGUUCAUCUACCAUACGCCUGGCUGACACUUGAGGCAGGACGCGAUAUAAUGCAGUGCAAUCCGGAUAGCAUCGAUCUACAGACACCAGUUGCGUCUCCUGGUUGUGACGAAACUGAGGUUGCUAUUUAUGAGGGUUUUAUUUACUUUGUUUGGCUUGUCAAAAACAUCCGAAGGAUGAAUGACGUUCACGCUAAACUGAAGUCAACGCCAAACUGGAGAAAUGAUCCACAGUUCUUGGAUUCCGGAUCUGGACUUGACGCCUGGGCUUAUAAACUUCCAGCAAAUCUACGUGUUAAUGUUUCGACGGACCUCGCACAUCCGGGCCCUCAGGUGGACUCGCAUUUCACGGGCAAUCUCCAGAUGUACUAUCACCUAACCCGCAUUAUGCUUCAUCGACCGGCCCUCGCUUACGGAAAGACCUUCUCACUUGGCGGUGAGUGGAAAACCCACAUGACAAUAUGCACAAACUCGGCAAAGUCUAUAUGCAGAUUGGAGGAAACUGUCUUUGAACAAUAUGGGAUGCUCGGAUUACAAUGCAUGCUGAGGGGUGUAAACUUCACUAUCUAUACACUACUCACUUGCGCAAUGAUACAUUUGGUAAAUACACAAAGCGACGAGGUGUCACCCCUUCAUAUUCCAGUGCGGGAAACUAACGGGAUACAGAUUGCUGCCACAUGCCCCGAUCCAGAAUUUAAUCAUGAUGCGAAAGAGUACUUUACAAGAACCAUGCGGAUACUGGAGAACUGUAUUGACAGCUCGGCCUCAUCUGAAGUGAAGGGACAGAUUGAGACAUUGCGUGAGGCCUUCUCGCUCGACGUCAACCGACCUUUCGUUCUCAACCCAAAUUUCCCCUUCUAUCCUGGUGUCUCGGGACCUGUUGAUCCAAGUAUUACUCGCGCUUACACCCAAGGAGAAAGUUCGCACUCAACUCUUUCAACCGGUCCAGUCAAUUAUCCCACUCAUCCUCUAUCACCGCCACAUUCGGCGGGGGGUUCGGAACCAAAAGGAGAGUCACCAGCAGCCGUACAAUCUCUGGUUAUGUUAGCGGCGGGUCAAGGAGCACAGAGCUCGGCGCCAAUCGUAGACACAUUGGCAUGGAACCCUUCGCGAUUAUUCGAGUUUGUACCCUGCAUUUUGCGUUCUGCAGAACUACAAUCAUACUGACAGGUGAAUCUAGCAACUGGAAUGCUGCAUUUGGGGUUAAUGGGACGGUAUCGGCUGCAAUGCCACAAGCGCAGAUGGCAACUCAUCAUGAGAGCGGACUGGUGGAUCCGCUAGGCGGUGGGCGCCCACCUUCAUCAAGCUCUUAUGUUCCUACAACUGUAGGAGUUUCGCACUCAUUUGUGUCUCCCGGCAUGUGGCAAGACUCUGUUGCCGCUGCUGCUGUGUUUAGCGAUUCCCACAAGCGACCGUUCCCAUUCGGUGGCGAAACCGUUUGGCAUCCCUCGCCGUCGACAGGUCGAGACCCUGUAUCGCCGCCGGCCUUGCACGCUGAUGUUGGGGGAAGCAGUCGUUAAUGGGAGAGCUGCGGGGAGACGGAAGGGGGGGGGGUAAAGGCUUCGGGCGAUUUAUCGCGUUCGAGUAUCAUUACGGGAAUCCUCCCAUUUUGAUCGGCGGGGGCGGGGGCGAUGGGGCCGGACAAUAUGGUUACACUGGCGGUAUGAGGGCUAAGUUAGAUCUUUUAUCGCGAUUUUAUCUCGUUUCUAUUAAAUUUUGAUGAUCACGGAGGACAGAAAAUAGUUCUUUUGUUCUCUUGAUUUCAUUUCGAGCUGAACUUGCCUAAUCCACGUUACUACGGGUUGGGCAUACUCACUCUUUCCCAACAUUUUCUUCAUCAUGUUCAUCUGAUAUCUGGGGGCUUAUGGAUCGUAGAUAUAUUUGUAUAGUUUGUCAUUUUCCUUUCUUUCUUUCCCUAAUUCCUUACUUCUCUUCUUCCACUUCUCAGGAGCGUCUACCUCGUUCACUAUACCAUUUUCCUAAUUUUCACCCCUUCCAAACUUCUGUCAUCAUAUCAAUCUUUAACUCUGGUUACUUC